AUGGCGGCGGGGCAUGUUUCUGGCUCGCUGCGGUACGGAACGCUGAAGGAUACUCCGCGGGAGCCACCCCCAGAGCAGAGCAAUGGGUUCCGCCGCUUGUCUGCCAGGCUCUGCGCGUUGCGCCCGGAUGACAGCAGCUCCGCUCGCACAGAGAUCCACCUGCUUUUCGACCAGCUCAUCUCCGAAAACUACAGCGAGGGCGGAGGCGUGGCCCCGGAGGACAUCAGUGCUCUUCUCGUCCAAGCUUGUCGACUGGUGCCUCUUAAUCAGAAUCAUCUUGUCAGCAAAGUGUCUCAGCUUAUCCACCAUUUACUUAACAGAUUACAGGUGAUUGUUGAUGAGCAGAACCUGGAUUUCCUGUUGGCAUAUACUGUUUCAGCUAUUCAACAGUGUAGUUCCUGGACACACAUGGAAAUUCUUCAAGCCUUGGCAGCUCUGGUUUACUGCAAUGGCUCAAAAUGUCAAAAGUACCUGCCAGAACUGCUGGGCAAGACCGGACUCUUGAUGAAGUUGAGCGACUUGUCUCAAUCUGACCCUGAAGUCAGGAGAGCUGCCCUGCAUUGUAUGGCAAACUUAUGUCUCAGUGUGCCAGGACAGCCGUAUUUAGAGGAACCCUACCAAAAUAUCUGCUUCCAAGCUUUCUUGACCACUUUACAGUCUCCAAAAUCAUCUGAUAUGGACGAUAUCACAUUUUGCAUGUUGUUACAAAAUGCGUUAAAAGGUAUACAGUCACUUCUAAAUGGCGGGAAGAUGAAACUGACACAGACUGAUGAACUUGGAGCUCUUCUAGCUGUGCUAAAGAAAUUCAUGUUUCAUGGACUCCCUGGACUAAACAUAGAGAUGCCCACAGUGUUAUACCCAACUCCGCUUCCUCAGUGUGAUGGUCGAUCACCUGUCAAACCACAGCAGUCAGAAUCCGGUGCUUCUCGACCAACUGUGAAUAAAAAGAAAAAAUCCAAAGUAAAACCAAAGAAAAUCAAGCAAGGAGAGGAGGAAGAAGAAUCCAGUGGUGAAAUAGAAGCAGCCCCAGGCACUGGCACGGACAGAGUGAACCUGCGUGAAGGGAGACCUCAGUGCUCCUCCUCCCUGGGUGUCCAGAGUUUGCCUUUAGAUGGAAGUAGAGAUGCAGAAAAAAAUCGAGUCUCUUCACUCUUCAGUUCCUCAAGUUGGAAAAGGGUCAGCAGUAGUGAGUCAGACUAUUCUGAUGCUGAAGGAGGCAUGCAGAGUAAAAUGAGGUCUUAUCAAGCCAAAGUUCGCCAAGGAGCCUUAGCUUGUUUUCUUUCUACUAUAAAAUCAAUAGAUAAAAAAGUUCUUUAUGGCUACUGGUCAGCCUUUGUUCCUGAUACACCUGAGCUUGGAAGCCCACAGUCUGUGUCCUUGAUGACUCUUACAUUAAAAGAUCCUUCUCCAAAGACUCGUGCCUGUGCUCUGCAAGUUUUAUCCGCCAUCUUGGAAGGCUCAAAGCAGUUUCUUUCUGUUGCUGAAGACACCAGUGACCACAGAAGGGCUUUUACUCCCUUCUCCGUGAUGAUUGCUUCCAGCAUUAGAGAGUUGCACAGAUGUCUUUUGUUAGCUUUGGUGGCAGAGUCAUCCUCACAGACCCUUACUCAGAUAAUUAAGUGCCUUGCAAAUUUAGUAUCAAAUGCACCUUAUAACCGUCUGAAACUCAGCCUGCUGACCAAAGUCUGGAACAAAAUAAAGCCUUAUAUCCGCCACAAAGAUGUUAAUGUUCGUGUGUCAAGUCUUACACUCUUGGGAGCUAUAGUGUCCACUCAUGCACCUUUACCUGAAGUCCAGCUACUUCUACAACAGCCUUGUUCUUCUGGACUCAAUAAUGGCAGUUCAGCAACUCCUCACCUCAGCCCUCCUGAUUGGUGGAAGAAAGCUCCCGCAGGACCCUCUCUGGAAGAGGCAUCAAUUAGCUCACCUAAGGGGUCUACAGAGCCCUGCUGGCUCAUUCGACUUUGCAUUUGCACUAUUGUACUGCCCAAGGAGGAUUCCUGUUCAGGUAGCGAUGCUGGCUCUGCCGCAGGAAGCACCUAUGAACCAUCCCCCAUGCGACUAGAGGCCUUACAGGUAUUGGCUCAUCUGGCAAGGGGCUACUUUUCAGUGGCUCAGAUCUACUUGAUGGAGCUUGGAGAGGUGAUUUGCAAGUGCAUGGGGGAAGCAGAUCCGUCCAUUCAGCUCCAUGGAGCAAAGCUUCUGGAAGAACUGGGUACAGGCUUAAUACAGCAGUAUAAACCAGAUUCUACUGUAGCACCUGAUCAGAGAGUACCAGUCUUCUUGGUGGUGAUGUUCUGGACAAUGAUGUUGAAUGGUCCUUUACCCAGAGCCCUGCAGAACUCAGAACACCCGACUCUCCAGGCAAGCGCCUGUGAUGCCCUGUCUUCCAUCUUGCCAGAAGCCUUCAGCAGUCUGCCGAAUGACAAGCAGAUCCUGUGUAUCACAGUGCUGCUCGGGCUGAACGACAGCACGAACCGUUUAGUGAAAGCUGCAACCUCACGGGCCCUUGGAGUCUACGUGCUUUUUCCCUGUCUCAGACAGGAUGUCAUAUUUGUUGCAGACACAGCAAAUGCAGUAUUGAUGUCACUUCAAGACAAGUCUCUGAAUGUCCGAGCCAAAGCAGCCUGGUCCCUGGGCAACCUGACAGACACUCUGAUUGUCAACAUGGACACACAAGACCCAAGUUUCCGGGAAGAGUUCUCUGGUCUCCUGCUCUUGAAAAUGUUGCAAUCAGCUAUAGAAGCAUCCAAGGAUAAAGACAAGGUAAAGAGUAAUGCAGUCCGAGCCCUUGGAAAUUUGCUGCAUUUUCUGCAGCCCUCUCAUAUAGAAAAACCCAGAUUUGCUGAAAUCAUUGAGGAGUCUAUCCAGGCCCUAAUUUCUACCAUUCUAAUUGAGGCUGCCAUGAAAGUCCGAUGGAAUGCUUGUUAUGCAAUGGGAAAUGUAUUUAAAAAUCCUGCCCUUCCAUUAGGGACAGCGCCAUGGACCUCCCAGGCCUACAAAGCCCUGACAUCAGUGGUGACAUCGUGCAAGAACUUCAAAGUACGCAUCAGAUCUGCCGCUGCCCUUUCCACCCCGGGCAGGAGAGAGCAGUAUGGGUCUGUUGAUCAGUAUGCUCAGAUCUGGAGCGCGUUGGUCACUGCCUUACAGAAGAGUGAAGACACCACAGACUUUUUGGAAUUCAAGUACUGUGCCAGCCUACGGACCCAGAUCUGCCAGGCGCUGAUUCACCUUUUGAGCUUGGCCAAUGCCUCAGACCUGCCCUGCAUCAAAGAAACCCUUGAAUUGAAUGGGGAUGUGGUCCAGUCCUAUAUUCUACAAUUUUUAAAAUCAGGAGCAGAGGGAGAUGACACCGGACGACCCAACAGCCCACAGGAAAGAGACCAAAUGGUCACAAUGGCCCUGAAGCACGUAAGUAGUGUCCAGGCACUGGCUGGAGACACAGCCAAAAGGGCCAUCAUGGGCUUUUUAGAAGAUAUCCUGACUGUUUAUUUUGAUUCAUCUGGACCACAGAUGGCACUCCUAGGGUUAACAGAUCGGUGAAUAUUUCACCAUACUUUCCAGAUGUUAAAUAUGGUAAUAGGAAGACCGGAGCUUGUGCAUAAGAGAUGUGGGAUUUAAUCUUAGGGGCAGAAACAGUCCAUCCACUAUUUAUUUAGAAUGAGUUAGCACUAUUUAAACUUUUAUCAAAGGGCUCAGCCACUUUAGAGAGUGGUUCCACUGCACUGGCCAUGGUGGGGGUUGUUGGAAACUUCUAGCUGUGCAGUCAGGAGCCAGGGAGUCAGGUUGUAGCGUGGGCUGAGCCAACUGGGGAGUUGUGAAGGGUGUUUAAUCUCAGAAAGGAAAAAAAGUAGGUAGAAGGAAUUAAGAAUUUUAUAUUGUGUCUCUAGGAAUUGUUUUUCUUUUAUAAUAAACUAAUGAAAACUAGUGUCCAUGAUCUCCUGUUUUUAUCAAGUUGCAUUUAUAGAAAGCUGCAGGCAGAGCUGAUCUUCAGCCAGUUUGCACUGGUACACCUGUGCCACUUGCCAAAAUACUGAAACAGUUCCUCGUAGUUGGUAAGUAGCUCUGCACUGAGCUCCUGCCUGCCAACCCUGGAGGCCCCCUCCACACUGCCCACAAUCCAGUAACCAAAGAGUUAACUCCUGGCAGGCAGGGGCCUCUAGCCUAGACCACAACAUCGGAAGUCUCAGAUAGCGAGCAUUCACUCAUUUGCCAUUUCUGUCCAGCACAUCUGAGGACAACACCACCACAAUCAGUAAUACCGACUCACUGGUCUAAUGUGGGGAGGGAGAGAGUGGUGGUGCGACAUAUCUGAGGACAUAAUUCAUGAAAAAGCCCCUCCUUGAGAAGUAUUCCUCUACAGUCUGCUCCAUGACCAUCUGGGAAUUACUGUAGGAAUGUGAGCAAGUCCUAUUAGUAAGAUGUUAUCACAUUAAUAGGUCAAAUAAGAAAA